UCUAUCCCCCACUCCCAUUCAUUCAUUCUCAACAAGCUACAACUUUUUUUAAAAAAAAGCAGAGUGAGCAGUGGGACCAACCAAUGGCUAGAGCCAGUAUUGGCUCAGCCACUCCUAUCUCCUCCUCCUUCCACCGUCUCAAAAAACUCUCUAAUUCUUCCCCUCCCUUACACGUCACCUUCCGCCGCCAUUUAAAUACUAGCUGCGCCACCACAAUGUCGGACGGCAAGGCUCCUCACCCAUCACUACAAGUCACAGGCGGAGCUCGACACAAGUUUUUAUCUGCUUUUAAAUCCCUUCAUAAUCCAUACAAUCCCUAUCCCAUCGUCUCUGGAAAUCGCCAUAUAGAAACUAUUUUUGCAGCUUUCUUUAGGGACGUUCCUGACCUUCGUCUCCGCCGAGAGUGUUUGCGGACUAAGGAUGAUGGUUCCAUCGCUCUCGAUUGGGUAUCCGGCGACGAUCGCAGCUUACCUCCCGACUCCCCGCUGCUCAUUUUGCUUCCAGGUCUGACUGGGGGAAGCGAUGACUCGUACGUGAGACAUAUGCUGCUGAGAGCUAGAAGUAGGGGUUGGAGAGUUGUGGUGUUCAAUAGUAGAGGAUGUGGUGAUAGUCCUGUGACAACUCCCCAGUUCUAUUCAGCUUCAUUUCUUGGUGAUAUGUAUGAAGUGGUGGCACAUGUCAGCAAUCGCUAUCCAGCGGCAAAUUUAUAUGCAGUAGGUUGGUCUCUUGGAGCAAAUAUUCUUGUUCGCUACUUGGGACAGGAAUCUCAUUCUUGCCUUCUCUCAGGUGCUGUUUCCUUGUGCAAUCCUUUCAAUUUGGUCAUUGCAGACGAAGAUUUUCACAAGGGCUUUAACAAUGUCUAUGACAAAGCAUUAGCAAAUUCUCUUCGCAAAAUUUUCAAAAAGCAUGCUCUACUGUUUGAAGAUAUGGAAGGUGAAUUUAAUAUAUCAUUAGCUGCCAAUGCAAAAACUGUUAGAGAAUUUGAUGAUGGACUGACACGAGUUUCAUUUGGAUUCAAGUCCGUGGAUGAUUACUAUUCUAACUCAAGUAGCUCAGAUUCCAUUACAAAUGUCUGUACACCUCUGCUUUGUAUCCAAGCUGCAAAUGAUCCAAUUGCUCCAGCUAGAGGAAUCCCUCGUAAAGAUAUUGAGGAUUAUGUUUCAAGUAUGAAGAAAAAAGACAUUGGCAAGUGGCAACAAAGUAAAUUAUGCUCAACUCCAUUUCAUUUUUAUCUAGUAGAUUAAUAAUAUUGCAUCUCAAAUUGGAUGUCUUCUUGACUUGGCAUGUGUCUCAAGAGGAGCUAAAAUAAAUAUCUUUGGUGGUAUAUGGAAAGACAAGUAAGGAUCCAGUAAUGACUUAUUGAUUUACUUAUGGAAAAGGAUCAAUUUGUUUAUGAAAGAGUUAUUAGCCCUAAUUUAAUUUGUGUGCUUUAAAAAGUAUACAAGAAGGCUAUUCUCACACACCAAACAUUAGUUUGAGAAUAAAAGAUGAUAGGUGGAUAUUCUUGGAGGGAGCAUCUUUAAGUGUAACUAGAAAGACUGACUAAUGACUAUGAUCCUCUAAAUUAAUAUGAAAUACUCUAAUUUAUGACCCCGUCAGUGGGAUUACACGGGGUAUGUUAUUGUUGAUAGUAUCGUAGGGAGUGAAAUUUUAUUGAUAGAUGCCUGCAAUAAGAAGAUGCUGGCAAGAGGGGUUACAACCCAUCAGUUGCAGUGCAACCUAUUUUUAAGGAUAAUUACACUUUUUUUUCCUUAAAAAGUUUGACGAAUCUUUUCCUUCUAGAUAGUCUGCUAAAUUGCUGUUGGAAUUGACUUCCAAAUGUACCUUUGCAUUGUUCAUUUGAUCCCUAAGGUGUUAAAGAAGCCCUAGUACAAAUUGUAAUCAACACUUGAAAAUAAGUUAAUUUGGGUUUGAUUCAUUUAUCAAGUGGUUUCACAUAAAUUGGACGAAGUGUAUUGUAUCUUAGUGCAUUAAGCUAGUUGGCAUUAAAGAAGCUAUCACAUGCUAGUUGAGACUUGAGACCAGUCUAGGAGAAUCAACUCAGGGGCAGAAUCUACAGUAUAAACGUUGAGCAGGUUCAACUGAAUAAGUAGCUUCAGUUGAGAUCCCAAUAAAUACGUGUUAAAAAACAUUAGAUAGGGACAAAUAAUAUGUUCUGAAGCAAAAAAUCAAAUGAACUAUGGGUUCAGAAGAUACAAACCCAUAAAGUUCAAAUCCUGAAUCUGACUCUUGUUCAAUUGUAUGAGUGCCUACACAAUGUAUUAAGUUUGUUCUUGAAGACAUACAUUGCAGCUAAUCUUUGUGU